AUGCUCGCUGAACAGGACGAACUGCGCAAGUUCAUCGAAGAGAACCUCAAAUCCGGCCGCAUCCGCCCGUCCAAAUCACCCAUGGCUUCUCCCUUCUUCUUCAUCAAAAAGAAGGACGGUUCUCUACGCCCCGUUCAGGACUACCGCAAGCUCAACGAGAUGACUGUGAAGAAUCGCUACCCACUACCGCUCAUCCAAGAGCUUCUCGACAAGCUCAAGGGUGCCCGCUAUUUCACCAAGUUGGAUGUUUGCCGGGGAUACAAUAACAUGCGCAUUAAGGAGGGCGACGAGCGGAAGGCCGCAUUCUGCACCAACAUGGGACUCUUCGAACUGACUGUCAUGUUCUUUGGCCUCACCAACUUGCCUGCCACAUUCCAAGCCAUAAUGAACAAGCUAUUCCGUGACCUCAUCCAUGAGGGCGUUGUUGUUGUCUAUCUUGACAACAUUCUCAUUUUCACCAAGAUGCUCGAGGAACAUUGUUGCGUGACACGCAAGGUUUCACGCAUACUACGGGAGAACAAGCUGUAUCUUCAGCCCGAGAAGUGCGAGUUCGAGCAAACCAAAAUCGAAUACCUUGGCAUGAUCGUUGAGGAGGGACAUGUUUGCAUGGAUCCUGCCAAGAUCAAGGCCGUUGCCAAGUGGGCUGUCCCAACACGCAAAAAGGAGCUACAGUCAUUCCUAGGUUUCUACAACUUCUACCACCGCUUCAUCAAGGACUUCAGCCACGUUUCUCGCCCGCUUCAUCGCCUUACCGGAGACGUCCCUUGGGAAUGGGGCAUUGAACAACAGCUCGCAUUCGAGGAACUCAAGCUGUGCGUCACAUCCGAGCCCGUCCUGGUCAUCCCAGUCGACGACUCUCCGUUUAGGGUCGAGGCCGAUGCCUCUGACUUUGCAACGGGUGCAGUGCUCUCGCAAAAGGCUGCUGACGGCAAAUGGCACCCGGUCGCAUACUUCUCUAAAUCGCUCAGUGAAGCAGAGCGCAACUAUGAGAUCUACGACAAGGAGCUCCUGGCCAUCAUGCUUGCGCUUGAGGAAUGGCACCAAUACCUCUUGGGCGCCCGUCACACGUUCGAAAUCUGGUCAGAUCACCAGAAUCUCACGUACUUCCAUGAAGCUUGUCGCCUCAAUUGCUGCCAAGCCCACUGGUUCACCGAGAUGCAGGAGUACGACUUUACGCUCCACCACAAGCCCGGUGGCCUCAUGGGUUGUCCUGACGCGCUUUCACGCGAAGCAGGACAUGAAAGGGGGGAGAACAACAACCAGGACGUUGUCCUGCUCAAACCCGAGUUUUGCCGUGUCCUACUUCACGCUACAGCAUUCGAUUUUGCCGGCGAAGACAAGCCCACAAUCCGUCGCAUCAAAGACUGCACUGCCGAACGAGAGGAAUCCGUCGAGCUUGCCUUGCUCAUCAAGAAUCCGCGCUGGAAAGAGCAUGCAGGCGGCCUGCUUACACACAACAACCACAUCUAUGUGCCAUCUGACGAAGCCUUACGCGCAGACAUCAUUAAAGCGCACCAUGACUCACUCGCCACGGGACACCCAGGACACUACAAAACGGAAGAGCUCAUCACACGGAUGUAUUGGUGGCCAAGCAUCAGGAAGGACAUAGGACGUUAUGUGGCAGGAUGCCGGCUCUGCCAGCGCAUCAAGUACCGACGAGAAAGCCCUCACGCGCCACUUCAGCCCAACGAGACACCUACUCGCCCCUUCGAGGUUAUCUCUAUGGAUUUUGAGCUCAAGACCUUCCUCUGCCUCUACAUGGAUUAUCACCAGAGCGAUUGGGUCAAAUACCUCAAGUCGGCGCAGUUUUUGUACAACAACAUGGUUCAUUCCUCGAAUCACGAAACACCGUUCCAUGCCUCUGAGGGACGCCACCCGUAUAGCAGACUCAAUCCCCGCACUACAGACCACAUACCUGCCGCCACGUCAUACGCACAGCAUCUCAAGAAGGUUCAUGAGGAGAUCACAUCCGCACUACAUCAGGCUAGAGAAACCAUGAAGGAGGUUUACAAUCGACAUUGCCAGGAUGCUUGCAACUAUGAGUCCAAACGUCCUUCACGCGCGCUUAAUGAAUGUCGUCAUGGCCCUUUCAAAAUCCUCGAGAGGAUUGGUGCCUCCACAUAUCGCUUGGACAUUCCCCCAACAUGGAAGACGCACAACAUGUUCAAUAAGGCUCUCCUCAUGCCCUACACCCUGCCCGCUUUCGCGAAUCAAGCCAACCCGCCAGAGCCCCCACCUGAGAUGAUUAACAGUAAAGAACGAUAUGAGGUCGAGGCCGUCAUCAACUCCAAGAUUAUCGGCCGAGGCACACACCGGAGCAUGAUGUACUUGGUCAAGUGGAAGGGAUACUAG